ACAAAUAUACCCUUUAUUAACAGGAAACUUAUCCAGUCCCUAUGCUGAACAGCUAAUUAGCAAUUCGUUAAACUGCAUGAAAAUCAGUGCGGCCUGCAGCUUGCCUCUAUAUAUAAUUCUAAGCAUUUAAAAAGUAAUGCGGUGGCAAAUAAGUGCAGGGGAAUGUAGCUCAACAAUAACAGGACGUCUGUUGGUUACAUUGGCAAUGCAUGCUGGGAGUUGUAGUGCACUGAUGGCUUCCUGUGAGGGGGCACAAUGCAGGUAGGGCAAUGGGAGCAGAGGGAUGGAGGUUGGGCCCCAUAGCGCUGUGACCCUCCGUGGGAAGACAUGACAGUCACGUACACGGCACGAGUGGCAAAUGCCCGUUUUGGGGGCUUUUAUAAGCUGUUGCUGCUAUGGAGGGGGAGCAUAUACAAAUUACUUUACAAGGAAUUCCUGGCUUUUUUCCUCAUGUACCUGGCGCUUAGCAUCAUAUACAGGUUCUUUCUGAAUGAGGAACAGAAACUUUACUUUGACAAAGUGGCCAUUUACUGUAAUAACUACGCCAACCUCAUCCCUGUGUCCUUUGUGCUGGGUUUUUAUGUCAACCUGGUGGUAAAUCGCUGGUGGAACCAGUAUCUCUCUUUGCCUUUCCCCGACCGUGUCAUGUGCGCCAUCUCCGGGACUGUGCAUGGAUCUGAUGAAACGGGGCGUCUGUACCGCCGGACUCUUAUGCGCUACUGCAGCCUAUCAGGGCUAUUGAUUCUGCGCUCUGUUAGUACCGCUGCCUUCAAAAGAUUCCCUACAAUAGACCAUGUUGUAGAAGCUGGGUUCAUGACUCGCCUGGAGAGAAAGAAGUUUGAGAACCUCCAGUCAUCCUAUAACAAGUACUGGGUUCCGUGCGUGUGGUUCUGUAACCUGGCGUCGCAGGCGCGGAGCGAGGGGAGGAUCCGAGAUGACCAUUCCUUUAAAAUGCUGAUGGAGGAGCUGAACACCUUCCGGGGGAACUGCGGCAUGCUCUUCCACUAUGACUGGAUCAGCGUCCCCCUGGUUUAUACUCAGGUUGUGACAAUUGCGGUGUACAGCUUCUUCCUGACCUGUCUGAUUGGACGCCAGUUCCUGGAUCCGGCACGGGGGUAUCCCGGUCACGAGCUGGACCUUUAUGUCCCAGUCUUCACCCUGCUCCAGUUCUUCUUCUAUGCUGGUUGGCUAAAGGUGGCUGAACAGCUCAUUAACCCAUUUGGUGAGGAUGACGAUGACUUUGAAAUCAAUUUUUUGAUUGACAGAAAUUUCCAGGUUUCCAUGUUGGCUGUGGAUGAGAUGUAUUCGGAUGUCCCCCCCAUGGAGAAAGAUCGCUACUGGAAUCACUCAGACCCGCGCCCCCCGUACACUGCAGCCACUCUGUUCCAGAAGCAUAUGCCAUCCUUCCAGGGCUCCACGUUCAACAUGGCGAUCCCUAAGGAAGACAUGCAAUUCCAGCCUCUUUCUGAUAUAGAAGAGAUGAAUGAGGACACUCUAACACACCCUCCGCCUCUACUCAGCCGCUUUCUCCCUGGAGUAGGGCCGUCUCCUCUCUCCUCCUCUGCUGCUCUCGCCAGCCAUUUUGCAGCACCUGGAAGCCGCUUGACCCUGCUGAGACGCUCUACCAGCUCGUUCUCCUCAUCCUCUGAGUUCCAAUGCCAAGAACCUGUUCAGGAUCCACCAUACAGCCUUGUCGACUCUUUGGGACCAGGACUGAAUGUCCAAGAGGGUCACACUGAGGAGCUGUGUAAUAUGGGUUCCCAGGCCUCACUCUUUCUCCCACCUAAAACCAUGGAUGGUGGUGAGAACGUCCAGCCUGUGGAGGAAGGAGAAGACGCUGCUUCCUUGGUUGCUACAUGAUGAUUGGAUGUGCAGAGGUCUCCAUCAGCAUUUGUACAGUGGCUGAUGGAUGUUUUUUAGUGAACUCAUUCAGACUAUGGGUUCAACAUCUGGGGGUGAUGAAGGGUGACCUUGUCGCUCAAGAACUUCUAUAGACUCUUCAUAAGACUCACUUGCCAGUUUUAAUGGAUUCUGCCAUCCCUUUCUACGUAGGCCCUUAGCAUGGUCCAGCACCCUGAGACUUCCAACCUCAACAUUCCAACAUUAGUUUUUUUUUUUAAUUACAUUUUUGUAUUUUUGCUAAUAAAUGUCUUUUCUAACAAA